GGAUUCUUUAAGAGAAGCAUCUCCAAGCAUGAGACUUUCAAAUGUUACUUUGGUGGAUCAUGUGACAUAAACCCCAAAACUCGCAGCCAGUGUAAAGCAUGUCGUUUCAAAAGAUGCAUGGACACAGGAAUGUCAAUAGAUGGUGUGCGAAUGGGACGGAUUCCAAAAGUCGAGAAAGAUAAAGUUUUAGAAGCUUUUCAUGAUGGUGGGUCACACUAUAGUAACCACGAGCUCGUUGUUCAGCAGACGGACGGUGGCAACUAUAGGUUUGACCUCAAUAAAACAGUAACAGCUAGUAAAACAACAAAUACAUCAUCAAAUGAAUCACCCUCAUGUUCUUUGACACCAGUUACAUCAGUUUCAGCAGGGAAUGACGUAGGUUAUGGCACACAAUCUUGCGGUGAUGUCAUUGUUAAUGAAACUAACGUAAUCCCUGCAUCUCUUAUUGACAAGACUGACGACUUUUGUAACAAUAUAGAAGGAUUAAAAGAACAACCUGUUCAAAAUUUAUCUUCUCAAGCUAUAAACAAAGACGCCGUAUUUGAUAAUAUUAAAAGCAUACCUCUAGAAGACACGGUAGACACACCAGCAAUGUUUAAGACGGAUGGGAACAACACAUUCAAUCGAUAUUUCCCUGGUAACCAAACGUCAAUUAGUACCCUUAUUGAUAACGUGCCGAGUGAAAGAUGUGAAAAUCCUUUUAAUGAUAAAUACCACAAUGUUAGUUUUGGCAAAAACAAUCAACACCAACAUAGAAACUCGAAUGUUUCUCAGCAGAUGUUAAAUGAUCAGAGAUUUGUACAAAAUAUGAAUGAAUCAUUCAAUAACUUUUUCAUUCUCAGAAAGUGCGAUGAAUCCUUUUAA